GCCACCGUACUGGCGGGAUUUCAGGGGUCAGUAUAUUUCGAAGGAUAUGGUUUGGAUAUUGGUAACAUUAACUAUAUUUAAGUUAAGGUUAUUCUAAUGGAAGGCAUCAAUGCAAAGUACGUGUCACAGAAAAUCAGUAAAACCAGAUGGAGACCAGUCUCAUCUUCGUCUUUACAGCAACCAGACAUAUUUGCUACUGGGUCUUGGGACAACGAGGACAACAAAAUUUCCCUUUGGUCCAUCGGAGAUAAUGGGGUCUCCGGUAUGGAUGAUGAAUUUGAGGGAGACCCUCAAUUAGUUUGUGAAUACAAACAUAAUGGGGACGUUAUGGACCUUCAAUUUCUGGAUCAAGACAGAAUAGUGACGGCAUCAUCAACUGGAGCAGUGACCAUCUUUCGGCAUAACCACAACAACCAAACAUUGUCUGUGUCUCAACUGUGGGAAAGAGCACACCAUUAUCCCUGCGGCAAGGCUCCGUGUACCGGAGUUGUGUGUAACAGCCCUGAGAUUGUAACAGUCGGAGAAGAUGGAAGGAUAAUCCUCUUCAGAUCGGACCAAGAAGGAGUGACCCGCACGAUAGAAAAUGCCGAUAGUAGCACAAUCCAUGCUGUGACUUUCCUGAGGACCACUGAGAUCCUCACCGUCAAUUCUAUUGGGCAACUUAAACUAUGGGACUUCAGGCAACGGGGCAACGAACCAUCCCAGAUUCUUUCGUUAACAGGCGACAGAGUCCCACUGCAUUGUGUUGACAGGCAUCCCAACCAACAGCACAUUGUGGCCACUGGGGGUCAGGAUGGCAUGCUCUGUAUCUGGGAUGUGAGGCAAGGCAAAAUGCCCUUUUCACUUAUGGAGGCACACUCUGCUGAAAUGUGGGAAGUCCAUUUUCAUCCAUCCAAUCCAGACCACCUUUUCUCUUGCUCGGAGGAUGGAUCAUUGUUACAUUGGGAGACUUCCUCAAAUUCAGACACACCAUCAUUCUUACAAGGUGGACGAAAUGCAAGUAUUACUUCGCGCAGCGCAAUAGCCCCAGCAGGUGGGAACCAGUCCCUGAUCAGUGCCUGGCUUACUGGGGAUUCUGGAAAGGGACGCCUUGAGACCACUCACAUGCUGCCCAGCCAGACCCUGUCUGUGAACAGUCUAGAUGUGCUGGGACAAUGCUUGGUGUGUGGAACUGACGGAGAGGCUAUUUACGUCAACAGACUGGUCCCUAUUUAGAAAACGUUUUCAUGUCAUAUAAUUUGACCGGCUGGACUUUACUUGCCUUAAAUGAUGAAAUGUUGAAAUCUUUUCAGUAAAAAGUCUCACACCUGAGGAUUACAUGAUCUCCAUCAAGAGAAAGUAUGUAAAUGGAAUGAUUGUUGCUGAUAGUCCUGAAGUGAAGUAGAAGACAUUGUAAUUAUCUCUGAAAUAUAGUUUAGACUUAAUAAGUCCUACUAUCGGUUGUACCUGAAAUUGUGCUUAGUUUAAAUCACAGCACUUUGUCUGGCAUUGCUAUUGGUUGUAGAAAAUGUAACUUGUGUUCUGCAAUAAAACAUUUUU